AUGGUGCGUGGCAGGAUCUCCCGGCUCUCGGUCCAUGAUGUGCGCUUUCCCACGUCGCUAGGAGGCCACGGCUCGGACGCCAUGCACACAGACCCCGACUACUCAGCUGCCUAUGUUGUCAUAGAGACCGAUGCAGAAGAUGGGCUCAAGGGCUGCGGCAUUACCUUCACUCUGGGCAAGGGCACUGAAGUUGUUGUCUGUGCUGUGAAUGCCCUUGCCCAUCAUGUGCUUCACAAGGAUCUCAGGGACAUUGUUGGGGACUUCAGAGGCUUCUACAGACAGCUCACAAGUGAUGGGCAGCUCAGAUGGCUUGGUCCAGAGAAAGGAGUAGUGCAUCUGGCCACAGCAGCCAUUCUGAAUGCUGUGUGGGACCUGUGGGCAAAGCAGGAAGGAAAGCCCUUAUGGAAGCUACUUGUGGACAUGGAUCCAAAGGUGCUGUUGUCCUGCAUUGAUUUCAGGUACAUCACUGAUGUCUUGACGGAAGAGGAUGCCUAUGAAAUACUGCAAAAAGGUCAGCUUGGUAAAAAAGAAAGAGAGGAACAAAUGCUGAGACAUGGUUACCCCGCGUACACCACAUCGUGUGCCUGGCUGGGGUAUUCAGACAGCACACUGGAGCAGCGCUGCGCAGAAGCACUGAAAGAUGGCUGGACCAGGUUUAAAGUAAAAGUUGGGGCUGAUCUCCAGGAUGACAUACGAAGAUGCCGUCUCAUCAGGGACAUGAUCGGACCAGAGAAGACUUUGAUGAUGGAUGCCAACCAGUGUUGGGAUGUGCCUGAGGCAGUGGAGUGGAUGUCAAAACUGGCCAAGUUCAAGCCAUUGUGGAUUGAGGAACCCACAUCUCCUGAUGACAUUCUGGGCCAUGCAGCUAUUUCUAAGGCCCUGGCCCCAUUAGGAAUUGGCGUUGCCACAGGAGAACAGUGCCACAAUCGAGUGAUAUUUAAGCAACUCCUACAGGCGAACGCCUUGCAGUUUCUCCAGAUUGACAGCUGUAGACUGGGGAGUGUCAAUGAAAACCUCUCAGUAUUGCUGAUGGCCAAAAAGUUUGGAAUCCCUGUUUGCCCCCAUGCCGGUGGAGUUGGACUCUGUGAACUGGUACAGCACCUGAUUAUAUUUGACUAUAUAUCAGUCUCUGCCAGCCUUCAAAACAGGAUGUGUGAAUAUGUGGACCACCUGCACGAACAUUUCAAGUACCCUGUGGAAAUCAAACAUGCUUCAUAUCUGCCUCCCAAGGAUGCAGGCUACUCAACAGAAAUGAAGGAGGAAUCUGUAAAGAAACACCAAUACCCGAAUGGAGAAGUCUGGAAGAAACUCCUUAUUGCUCAAGAUUUGUGUGUUCGGCCCUAA